UUUUUUUGGUAUAAAUCAUACCAUAUGUAUGUCGAAAUCUUGUAAUUGUAUAACAAAGUCACAAAGACCAAUGAUGACAGACUCAUUGAGUAAUGUGAAUAUCACCAUAGAGUCAAACAACUAGUCAAGAGAUUUUACGGUUAUUUGAUUCAGGCUACUUAUACAAGAAGUGAUCACGUCCGCCUUAAUCAAAGAGCAAAUGGUAUUGUUUUUAAUAACUCAUCCGUGAUAAACCCUACGAAAAGGGUUCAUUUUAAACAUUGCUAUUAGCUUGUUAAGCGAAAAUACAAUCCACACUUAGGUUACCAUUGGGUACAGUUGCAAACUUGCAGAGUUGAUAGAGGAGGGCCAAGAGUCAUAUCGUCAUACUGUAUACCUCACGUUACUUGAAGUCUCCCAUAUCACCGCUGGUGUAAUCUUUGAUCUUGAGCCGCGGAGACAUUCAUGAGACGGAUAUUUGCAAGUAAAAGUGGUUUGUUUUCAUUGCAAAUUUCACGAUUAUCACUUUUGCUAGGCAACUAAAAUGACUAGAGAGAAUGAAGAGGGAUAGAACUUACGUCACGUUGUAAUUCUAAAUCAAAUUCGCUAUGGAAUCAUCUAUAAAGAUGAAGUUGUAUUCUCUUACCAAGAGGCAAUUUGUGUUGGUUUUUGUUGUAUUUUUUACGUGCAUAGCAGCCUGUGCUAUCAUCGGUUUGGCUGGUCCUUCUGUUAUCACUUCUAAUGUUCAAUCAAUGAAGUCUGUUCUUCCUUUAAAUCAAAGCUUAUCUAGUACUGUAUUCAAGAUUGACUCAGGUUCUUUGUCAACAUUCAGUCAACAGCUGUGGUUAACAUGUUUGAUCAAGCUGAAUGGUGUUAAAGAAGAAGUUACGUUUAAAUACAAGUUUCAUAUAAAUGUCAAGAUCUUGUAUGAGGCUUCAGACAACAGUCAUAAACCAUUAUCACCACAUUUCUUCAACCACACAAGGGAAACCGUUUGCAGUUAUUUGGGUUGCGAUGAGUUUGUUGUCUUCCAUCUUGGAUAUUUGGAUUAUCAUUCUUACUUAGCUAUUGUCUCUCUGAGCAAUCUUGAUUUCUUACCCAAAGGAGUAACAUUGGAUGAUGUUGUUUUCACAUUCAGUCACUACAGUGUGAGCUUCAGUGAGGUUGAAAUAUGGUUUCGAUUUGUAUUUGUUGUCCUGACAUUUAUGGUGUCUUGUAUCUACGCAAAUUCAUUGAGAAGAUUCCCGUUCCGUGACUGGUCCAUAGAGCAGAGGUGGAUGUCUGUUUUGCUUCCAAUGUUGUUGCUCUUCAACGAUCCAAUAUUUCCGUUACAUUUUCUGGUGAAAUCGUGGGUCCCAGGGAUGUUUGAGUCGAUGUUCCGUGCGCUCUUCCUGGCCGCCAUAUUGUUGUUUUGGUUGUGUGCGUUUCAUGGUAUUCGCGUCAGUGAAAGACAUUUAUUCGGCUUCUACAUGCCAAAGAUUCUGUUGGUUGGCCUCGUUGGAAUAUCAGCGUUCACCCUCACGACCUGGCAACAAUACAACGAGCUUCGUGAUCCAGCUUACCAAUCUAAACUUGAUAUAUCAAACUUCACGGGUUUUAAGAUAUUUUUCUUCAUCAUCACCUCCAUUUACCUUGUUUAUUUGAUAUACCUGGUCGCCAAGGCUUACACUGAAAUCAAAGGCUUGCCAUAUUUCGAUAUUCGUCUAAAAUUUUUGACCGCUCUAAUGGUGGUCGUCGUGGUCGUGUCGUUUAUAUUCGUCAUGUUGAGAUAUGGACGAACAGUUUUACAGAAUAACUUCAUUGCCGAACUCGAAACGACCUACAAAAACACAGCUGAGUUUCUCAUGUUUUAUGGACUAUUAAAUUUUUAUCUCUACACGAUGUCAUUUGUCUAUUCUCCUGCGAGAAAUGCACUCUAUGAUUCUUUUUUCAAAGACAAUCCAUCAAUGUCGAUGAUUAAUGACUCUGACGAGGAAAUCUACAGAAAAAAGGUUAACAGCAGAACAUCGCUGACAAGCGACGAUUAAAAUCACUAACCUGCUGUGAAUUACAUGUUGGGUUAACAAUUGUGAUAGGUCAGCGGUUGGUAAACCCACUGAUCUGUAAAUACACUGGAUAUAUUGCAACCCCGUUAAAGCCUGGUUCUCAUACUGCUAAAUAGAAUAAACUGCUUUGUUGUUUUGAAUAAUUUUUCUUCGUCAUCGGGCACAAACAAUACGUCGCCGACUGUCUUCGACAUAUGGGAACCAGGCUUAAGGGAACUCGGAGUUGUACGGGCUCAGUUUUGCGCAACGAUCAAAGCCUUACGUUUUUCAGUUAAAGGAGGCACAUCUGGUCGUCUUAAUCUGUGCCUAAAACUCAGAUAAACCAUUGUCUGUUUCACCUGAAUUUAAUACAACCAUCGUAGUUACUACAAUCAAAUUAAAAUAUGACUUAGACAGGUAAAAGAAUGACGUAGACAGGUAAAAGAAUGACGUAGACAGGUAAAUUUAAAAAAGAUAUAUAAAGUAGCAUUUAAAAUUAGAUUAUUUAUAGAAAUUUAAAUGACAUUAAAUUAUAGACGUAAAAUCUAGUGCAUCAAAUCACUGUGAUUAUGACGAAUGGAGUUGUAUAUUUAUUUACAUUGCAACUUUUAACGCGUGGGGACUUGUAAAGAUGUAAUUUUUCUUGUGAAGUUCCACACAACAUUUAGGAAUUGGGACAAAAU